AUGGACGUAGAACUUAGAUUGGAUCAGGAGGUUCUAGAGGAGCUUCGGGAGGAGAUAGCGCGUGUGGGUGUUCAAUCACAGCGUCCAGACUACUUGGUGGGUUGCGACCGAUUGGAACCGCUGUUGAACUUUUACGGGAGUUCGUUGCAGAAGCCGAAGCGUGAACGGGAGCAGCCGAUGUUCAUUGCCUACAAGGUCUCUCCGUCCUCGGAUUUGACUAGUCCGAAAUCCGUCAGUCCGAAGCCUGCGAGUCCCAAGCCUGGGCGUAUCAACAUUUCCGGCAGCUUGCGAGUCGAACCGCCCCCUUCUAACAAGACUCAGGAUGGUGGCAAGACUCAGGAUGGUGGCAAGACUCAGGAUGGUGGCAAGACACAGGAUGGUGGCAAGACUCAGGAUGAUGGCAAGACUCAGGAGGGAGGUAAAACCGAUGGUGGCCAGACCGAGGUAGGGGGCAGUGUCUACGUGCCCACUCCUCGUCCCGAGUAUGAGACGCCGGCGGAAGAUGCCAAUCCGUUGAUUGUGCACAUCAAGCCGGACGAAAAGCUACGACUGCCACUCGAUCGCUUGGCCUCGCCCUCGAGUGUGCCCCUGACCCGACUCGGUCCCGGUAGCUUCAGUGAACGCAAGGUUCACCGCACGGGAAGCACGCAGCGGGACGAAGAAGGCAACGUCAUUCUCAGUGCCCGCAUAGAAAACGGCCGCAUAGAAAACGGUCGGAUCCAAAGAGGUCGGAGCAAUGCCCAAAUCAAAGCAGAAUUACGCAGCGUAAGCGCCAGCCCGAGAGAAGUACCCAAAGGACCCGUAGUACAGGAAGUAUGUGACGAUAUUUUUGUAGUCUACCGAGUAGGCUGA